CGUCUGCUAAAUUUUACGGGCGGGGAGUUAAGGUCGUAGCAGAAUAGAAAUAAAUUUAUUAUACGGUGACGAAAUAGUAAAGCAAGAAAUUAAAAAAAGACAGAAAGAUAAUUUUCUAUGUGCAAAGAAAAAAAGUAAAGGAAAUUUGACUAUUUCAUUUUGCUUUGACCCAUAAUAGGGGGUUGUCAGGAACAAACUCAAAGGUCACCUUGAAAAGUUUGAUCGUGAAACAGGUGACUCCUGACAGCGAUUCAGAAAGCAGUGAACAAAUUAUAAUAGUGACACAAAUUGACAAUAGUUUUGCAAAAAAAAAAAAAAAAAAAAAUUGAUUAAUUUUUGUUUUUAGAGGAAAUUUGUAAGGAAAUCAUGGAGGAAGAACAAAUAGCACAAAGGUUCAUAAAACCAGGCAGCCAUAAGGGCAAAGGACUGGCUGUUUUUACGAGCGGAGGAGAUUCCCAAGGAAUGAAUGCAGCCGUUCGUGCCGUAGUACGAAUGGGAAUUUAUUUAGGAUGUAAAGUUUUCUUUAUCAAAGAAGGUUAUCAAGGUAUGGUGGAUGGUGGAGAAAAUAUAGUCGAAGCAACUUGGUCUUCUGUAUCUUGUAUCAUCCACAGAGGUGGUACCGUCAUAGGAUCAGCGCGUUGCAAAGAAUUUAGAGAGCGAGCUGGCCGCAAACGGGCAGCGAAAAAUCUAGUACUUCGUGGAAUUGCGAAUUUAGUUGUUAUUGGUGGUGAUGGUUCUCUCACCGGUGCGAAUCUUUUCAAAGAAGAAUGGUCAGAUCUUUUGAAAGAAUUAGCGAAAGACGGCGAUAUAACACAAGAUCAAUCGGAAAAAUAUACACAUCUUCAUAUAGUCGGUUUGGUUGGUUCUAUCGAUAAUGAUUUUUGUGGCACUGACAUGACAAUUGGUACAGAUUCGGCUCUUCAUAGAAUUAUCGAGAGUAUUGACGCUAUUGUCAGUACUGCGUAUUCACAUCAAAGAACAUUUAUUAUGGAAGUUAUGGGUCGUCAUUGUGGCUAUCUGGCUCUGGUAGCAGCUAUUUGUUGCGAAGCUGAUUUCGUCUUCAUCCCCGAAUGGCCCGCUGAGCGAGAUUGGCCCAACAAGUUGUGCAAAAAAUUAUUGCAGGAACGUUUAACUGGCCAACGACUCAACAUCAUUAUUGUGGCAGAAGGUGCCGUCGAUCAAAAUGGAGAUCCAAUUACAGCAGAAAAUGUGAAAAAAGUUGUUGUCGACAAAUUGCAACAAGAUACAAGAAUCACAGUUCUUGGUCACGUGCAACGUGGAGGAAAUCCAUCAGCUUUCGAUAGAGUUUUAGGAUGUCGUAUGGGUGCUGAAGCAGUUAUGGCAUUAAUGGAAGCAACACCUGAAACUGAGGCUUGUGUCGUCACUCUCGACGGAAAUCAAGCUGUUCGUUUACCACUAAUGGAAUGUGUUCGUCGAACAAAAGCCGUUGCUCAAGCAAUGGCUGAUAAAAAUUGGGAUCUUGCUGUACAACUUCGUGGAAAAGGAUUCGUGAGAAAUUUAGAAACCUACAAAAUGUUGACAAGAUUGAAGGCACCGGUUGAUCCCGAUACAAACAAGGAAAAUAAUAAUGGUCCCAUCCUAACUAAGCAAUUCACUUUAUGUGGACAAGAUCAUUAUACGAUGGCUGUAAUGCAUGUUGGUUCACCUUCUUGUGGAAUGAACGCAGCAGUUCGUUCCUUUGUGAGAAAUUGCAUCUACCGUGGAGAUAAGGUUUAUGGAAUUUGCGACGGUGUUAUGGGUCUUGAGGCAGGAAAAUUGAAAUUAAUGGACUGGGCUUCUGUAACUAGUUGGGUGGCACAGGGUGGUGCUUAUUUGGGAACAAAACGUGCUCCACCAACAAAUGAGCAACUACCACAUAUUGCUCAAAAACUCAAAGAAUUUGGAAUUCAAGCUCUUUUAAUCAUUGGAGGAUUUGAAGGUUACCAAACAGGACUUACUUUCUACAAAGCAAGAGAUCAAUUCGAUGAAUUUAAAAUUCCAAUUGCCAUGAUUCCUGCAACAAUCAGUAAUAACGUACCAGGAACCGAAUUUUCUCUGGGUUGUGAUACUGCUCUCAAUGAAAUUACGGAGAUUUGUGACAGAAUUCGUCAAUCUGCUCAAGGAACGAAACGACGUGUAUUUAUUAUUGAAACAAUGGGUGGUUAUUGUGGUUAUUUGGCAACAGUCGCUGGAUUAGCGGGUGGUUCUGAUGCAGCCUAUAUUUUUGAAGAAAAGUUUAACAUUAAAGAUUUAAAUCAAGACGUCAUUGCAAUGGCUGCAAAAAUGUCAGAGGGUGUACAAAGAGGUUUAAUUCUUCGAAAUGAAUGUGCUAACUCUAAUUAUAAUACAGACUUUAUGCAAAGGCUCUUUAGCGAAGAAGGCAAAGGACUAUUCAGUUGCAGAAGUAAUAUUAUAGGUCAUAUGCAACAAGGAGGAUCGCCUACUCCGUUCGAUAGAAAUUUAGGUACAAAAAUGGGUGCCAAAGCAGUAGAAUGGUUUUCUGAACAACUUAAAAAAUAUCCGAAUCCUGAGGGUAAAGCAACCGAUCCUGACAGCGCAGUUAUGUUAGGAAUCGUCAGAAGACAAUAUAGAUUUACGCCCUUCAAAGAUCUUAUCCAAGUCACUGAUUUUGAUCAUCGAAUCCCAACUUAUCAGUGGUGGAUGAAAUUGCGUCCCUUAUUGAAAGUAUUAGCAAAACAUGAAUCGACAUAUGAAGAAGAAGGUCUUUAUAUAACGGUGGAAGAAAUGGAUUUCGACAAUGAUCCACCCCUCGUCUAGGUAUUUUUUUUUUAUUGUAUAAAUUUAGCGAAUUUCACGUAAAAAAAAUAUAAUGUUUUCCUAGCCGUAUCUCGAUAAGUGUCUGUAUAAUGCACGUUACGCUAGGCCAUUAAUUAAAAAAAAAAAAAUAGUUCAGUAUUUUAAAGGCAUUAAAUUGCUCGCGUCUAGUUGAAUUUUAAAACACCGAAAAAAAAAUUAAUUUUAGGAUAUAAAAUUUCAAAAAAGGAGGCUACUUUUUAUCAUGCGCUUAACUUGUUGCUAUAUUGCAACAUUAACUUUUUUUUAACUUAAAAUUGUUUUUAUAACACUAACUAUUAUAUUUUAUGGCUGGUCACAUCGUUUUAUUGUAAUUUUAAAAAUAAAAAUAUUUUCUUUUAGAAAGUAUCCGCAAGACGGAAACAAUA